AUGUGCAGCCUCUUAAAAGACUGUGUGCAGGUAAGAACAGAGGGAAGAGAAGGAACAAAAUUAAUAAUGAACGAACUGGAAAAAAUGAGCGCUUUGACAAAACUGGCAGUACUGAAAAAACGAACUCAUGUAACGGAAAGCGAUGAACAAAGGGGAGGGACCUACAUAUCUCCUGUAGCUAAUACGGGGGAAAAUAAAUAUGAUGAAAAUAGCAAAAGAGAAAGGGGAUACAAUAAACUUGCUUCAGAAAACAUGUCAGAUAGUACCAAUUCGUCAACCAAUCAGAUGAAUAAGAAAUUUAAAAAGAAAGAAAAAAAUAAUGGGUUGGAAAAGAUAAAACGUAAGUUUUCUUCACUCGUUAGUAUUAUAAGUAAUAAAAGAAAAGAAGAAAUAAAAUAUAACCAUAAAAAUGAAAAAGAAAUAGAAUUUACUGGAUGUAGUAACCAUAUGAAUGGAAAUAAAAAAAAAAAAGACCUUAGCAUGUCGGGUCAUGAAAAAAGUAAAUUAAAAAAAUUAUUGAGCAGUAGAAGAGGGUAUUUUUUCAAAAAAAAAAAUAAUUUGAAGGAAAAUAAAAAAUUCCAAAAUUGUAAGCCUUUUAAACACUUUUUAAAAAAAGAUAAAUUAAAUACAUUCGUUAAUACAGAAAUGGGAAAACCAAAAAAUUUUUCAAAAAAAGAAAACAAAAAUUUUUCUCAAUAUUUCUUCAACUGGUGUAACAAUAAUAUGAAUGGAGCUCAUUUAGAAAAUAUUAAAAAGAUAUUAGACAUAUGUGAUGAACAGUUAAAAGAUGUUAUAGAGAUAUCUAAAUUUGAUAUCGAUUUAGAUAUUAACUCAUUUUAUUCCAAUUUUAUAAAAGAAAAUAGUGAUCACUCUAUUUUAACUUUUAACAUUUAUCAUAAUAAAAAUAUAUAUGACAUAAAAGAGCAUAGAGGGUAUACAAAUGAAAAAAUCGUUAGUUACAAACAAACAUCUUCCCUUAAUUUUAAUAUGUAUGUGUUCAGUAUUUCCAUUCAGGAGUUCUGUUAUUUUUACUACAAUGUAUGUGGUUGGGGUGAACAGCAUAGGGGAAGUCGCGAUCCCCAAAUGGAAAGUGAUGAUGACAGGAUUUGCCAAAAUUUUAAAUGCAAUAAUUAUUGUGUCCACAGUCGUAAUUACAAGUAUGAAAAGCAGAGUAAUUGCAGUAGCCUAAAUUUAGAGAAGGAUAGAAGCUUAAAUGGCAAUACAGAAAAUGCAAAAAAUAAUGAAGAAAAAAAAAAUGUAUAUCAUCUAAACGAAUUAGGUAAAACAGAUGCACAUAAUUUUAUCCAUGAUGAAAAUUUUGUUAAAAGUGAAAUUGGUCAAGAAGAACAAUACACAUAUGCAUGUACUAGUCUCAAUGCAUGCAAUAGUGCGAAGAAGGGUACAGAUAAUAACUGCGGACUCGUGAGUGAUACCAUAAAUUGGAAACGCAUAUAUAAGAGUAGUAAUCCGGAUGAGGUGGAAUUAAAAAGUUUAUAUACCCUACAAAUAAGCGGAAGUACUCCGAAAUAUAGGGCAUUUUAUGCAAUAAGUGAUAGUGCAGCUGAUGGGAUGGGUGGGAAGCUGAACAAAAUGGAGAAUGUAAAGAAGGUAGAGAGGCGUGGAAUGAAGAAGAUGGAGACAGAAACUACGACGGAGAAAUGUGAAAAACAGAAGUCGACUCGUAAAAAUGAUAGUAAUAAAUAUGGCAAGGACAAGUACAAAGAGACAAAGUGCUGUAUGAAAAGAAACAGUUGUAAGGGUACAAUACAGAAUAAGUAUAACGACUGGGAGAAGCAAAAGGAUACUAGUGACGAUAAUCCACUCCUGUUAAACAAAUCAAAUUGUGCAUACAACAUUUUUGCGUAUAACAAAAUUAAUUCGUUAAAAAGCGGUAGUAGUUUGCAUUUUAAUUAUAGUAGACGAGGAAAUACAUAUUCCAAAGAAAAUAAAAAUUUGCAGAAGAACAAAAUAAGAAAAUUUUUUACAGAAAAAUUGAAAGGGAACAAAAAGGAAUCAUAUACUAAUACUGCUACUCGGGGUAAUAUCAUAUGUAAUAGUAAUAAUCAAAAGGAAUGGGCAAUAAAUCAAAACGUGGGAGAUGCAAAGUUAUUGGUAGAAAAUAUUAAUGAUAAGUCUAAUAAUAACUUAAGUUCAAAACAAAAGAGAACAAAACUAUUUUUAAUGAAAUUUAAAAAUUUUUACAAAAGUAGGACGACAGGGGGAGUGCUUAACAGGGAUACAAAUGUAGAUGUACCAACAUGUAAUGAUAUGAGUAAUGGUGGGGAGUAUAUAAAAAAGGUGGAAAACACAGGUAACAAUGGCUGCUUUUGUAGUGAACGCAUUUUUAAGAAAUAUACCAACCACAAACAAAACAACAAAAAUUAUGGCGAGAAUGCCGAGAUUGACCUGCAUAACCAGAAUGACCUGUAUGACCAGAAUGACCUGCAUAACCAGAAUGACCUGUAUGACCAGAAUGACCUGCAUAACCGGAAUGAUCUACAUAACCAGAAUGAUCUACAUAACCAGAAUGACCUGCUUAAUCAGAAUGAUCUGCUUAACCAGAAUGACCUGCAUAACCAGAAUGAUCUGCUUAAUCAGAAUGACCUGCAUAACCAGAAUGACCUGCUUAAUCAGAAUGACCUGCUUAAUCAGAAUGAUCUGCUUAAUCAGAAUGAUCUGCAUAACCAGAAUGACCUGCUUAACCAGAAUGACCUGCUUAAUCAGAAUAAACGAUUACAAAAUGGUCACUGGAGGGCAUUUCAUGCUGAAGAGAAUAUUCAAAACUUUUCAAAUAACUGCUUCAAUGGGAAUGUACAAAAUAAAGGUGAAUUUCUAACAAACCAGUUGGUUGAUAAGAAUUUUAAGGACAUAUACUACAUCCAGAGAAUAAAUGCGGACAAUGAUUCCUUUUCUGUUUUUAUCAAAAUAUACCAGAUAUAUAUUUUUUCAAAGAAAAGUGACAACUACAAUGAGCAGAAGGAGACACAGGAGGGUACUACAAAUUAUGGUCAUACGGAUAUAAACCGCAGUAAAACGUCUGUAUGUGUUUAUGCUAUUAUUCUUCUUAAAAAUAAUUUUUUAAAAUAUAUAAUAAAGAAAAAAAUACUUAAUGAAAUUAGCAAUUGUAUAAAUAAAUGGAAAAACUACGUAACAAUAAAAGCUGAAUAUAUAAAGGAUGGGAAAAUACCCAUGUCAAUUAAAUGGAGUUAUGAAAAUAUUGAUUCUUUUAAUUAUAUAGUAGAAAAACUGGAAUAUUUUAUUAAUGAUUUUUUGAAGGAAAUUCUAUCAAAUAUAGCCAUUAAUGUGAUUAACUUUUUCGGUAUCAGUGAAAAUAAAACUUUAGAAAAUUAUUUUGAAUGCUCAAGCAAAAAUAUUUACCAUUUUAUAAAUAAGAAAAAGCUCUCUUUUAAAAAUAUGUACAUUAAUUUCUUAAGAGAAAGCCAAGAAAAAAAAAAAAAAAAAAAAAAAAAAAACGAAAGAAGUGGAAGGAAAUGUACUAAACAGUGGAGGAAAACAUUACAACAAAUGGGCAUAUCAUCCUUAUUUAUUCAAAAAGAAUGA